AUCUGCUUGGAUUAAAGCCUGCUCCCAAUAAUGGCACCCAUGGAAGUUUAAAUCACCUACUGAGAGCCAAUGUUUAUAAGCCAAUGGUGCCAGAUGAAGUUGCUAAACCACUCUAUCCUGUCGCUCUACCUUCUGCAUCAGAUUUUGAUAUAGGGUGUACAUGUGAUGAUAAGAACAAGUUGGAUGAACUCAACAAGCGCUUUCAUGUCAAGGGAACGGAAGAGAAGCAUCUCUUAUACGGGCGCCCUGCAGUACUGUACCGCACAAAAUACAAUAUCUUGCAUCAUCAUGACUUUGAAAGUGGCUACAGCGAAACAUUCCUGAUGCCUCUCUGGACAUCCUACACUAUUUCCAAACAGGCAGAGGUAUCGGGUGUCCCAGAGCACCUGGCCAGCUGUGUGAGACCUGACCUCCGCAUUUCUCCAGGAAACAGCCAGAGCUGUACAGCCUACAGAGGUGACAGACAGCUCUCCUAUGGCUUCCUUUUCCCUCCUCAAUUAAGUUCCUCUGCAGAAGCAAAAUAUGAUGCUUUUCUAAUAACGAAUAUCAUUCCAAUGUAUCCUGCCUUCAAAAAGGUAUGGAACUAUUUCCAAAGGGUUUUGGUGAAGAGAUAUGCCACUGAACGAAAUGGAGUCAAUGUUAUAAGUGGACCAGUCUUUGACUAUGACUAUGAUGGUUUACAUGACACACCUGACAAAAUAAAACAGUUUGUGGAAGGCAGCGCCAUCCCCGUUCCUACUCAUUACUAUACCAUCAUAACCAGCUGCUUAGAUUUCACUCAGCCAGCUGACAAGUGUGAUGGACCACUCUCCGUUCUCUCAUACAUCCUUCCCCACCGACCUGACAAUGAUGAGAGCUGUAAUAGCUUGGAGGAUGAAUCAAAGUGGGUUGAAGAUCUUCUUAAGAUGCACACUGCGCGUGUGCGUGACAUCGAACAGCUCACAAGCUUGGACUUCUUCCGAAAGACCAGUCGCAGCUAUACAGAAAUCCUCUCCCUAAAGACAUACCUGCAUACGUUUGAAAGUGAAAUUUAGCUUUCUAACCUUACUCAGUGCAUCCUUUUAUCAACUGGUGUAUAUUUUUAUAUUGUUUUUAUAUUUAUUAAUUUGAAACCAGGACAUUAAAAAUAUUAGUAUUUUAAUCCUGUAUCAAAUCUUAAAUAUUAAAACCUUGUGUCAUUUGUUUUGUUUCUCUAAUGUUUAAUAUAGGUAUGUCUCUUGGUUUAUUUAGUAGCGCUUGUAAUACUGCAGCUUGAGUCCUUACGCUGAGCUUUUAAGUGGUGCUGUAGGAUUUGAUACGUGCAUCAAGGAAAUAUUAAUUUCCCAUGCUCCUUUACAACACUUAUAGUCCUGUACUGUGUAUCAAAAUACUGAACAUGUAAAAUUACAUUCAUUUACUGUUAACUAUGUGACAGACAUAUUUAAACCCUAUAGACAAAUAGCAUCUUAAAUAUAAUAAACCACACAUUCAGUUUU